UACACAAAAUAACAUUUCAGUACAGUACUAUCUCAUCAACUCUCUCACUCAGUCGACAACAUAGCGUCGACUUCCAAGCCACUGCGAUCGUCGUUCCGACCGCCGCUACAUUCGCUGCUCCGACCAUCAAUCCAAUUUACAAUUGCCCGACAGAAAAUUAGCAGUGCUGACAAAACAUUAGUUUAAUUGUGCAGAAUUGUCAAAGUCCAUUUGAAAGGAAUCUACUGAAUCAUUGAAGAGGAUUGUGGUCUCAUUGGUAAAAUUUCCCCCCCUCAACUUUUGAUUAUAAAACCUUCUUUAGUUUCUAUUGGUUCAUCUGCUCUUUCGUCUUUGGACAUUUUUUGUUUUUUCUACUUCGCUUGAUUUAGCAUUUUGUUAACCGACUAAUUGCUGACAAUUUCUUGAAAGGUGUUUUUCAUAUUUUAAAUUGUUUGGAAUAAUCAUUUGAAGCAAAUUGAGGACACAUGUGGGAGAUUCAAGGUAAGUGAGGUUGAUGUAUGCAUUUGAAGCAUUUAGUAUUUGUUGUUGUUGUAGAGCUGUUCAUUUGGUAGUAGAUGAUAGCAGUGUUACAAAUUCUAGAUGUUUAUAAUCCUUCGGCCUUUUGGUGUAACAUGAAAGAUGUAGAUCAUUUUGAUACCUUGUUUUACAUGAUUGAUUCCCUGCAAUAUACAUAGGAGAUCAAGUCUUUCAAUCAUGGACAGAUUCAGCACCCUCUUGGUGCUAGUUUUGGUGAUAAAAUGUACUAAUAGAACAUGGAUUAUGGGAAAUAGUCAAGAAAACUAGUAGUUAUGCAUCUCAGGCGAGUUUCAUUUUCGAGAGGGGAACUACAAUAUGCAAAAUUAAGGACUACUUUGAUAGCAAAUGACGAAACACCUAGUAGCCCCAACUAGUCCAUUAAUAAAAAGUGUUAACAAAUUUAGAAUUCUGCCUUAGUAGACACAAGUAGUACCUUCUACAUUGCUGACAAAACCUCUACUCAAUGCCAUUCGCAAUAACUUUAGCAGUCUUUGAGUGAACCUCACAUACUUUAUGCCUCUUAUGAUAGUCCUUACAGGGACUAAGAACCUUCCCAUAAACUUGGACUUGGAAAAAUGGUUUGGUCACUAAACAUUAGUUUUCUUAUCAGAUUUGGAUAUAAAUAGCUCCUCAAUUGUGUGUUGCAUUUCGAAUGUCUGAAAUGCAUUUAAGCUGACUAGGAUAUUGUUAUCUAAACCCUUGAUGUAGUGGUUACAUUUUGCUUCUUUUAUAAAAAUGAAGAAACAAGAGCAGGUAUUGUACAGUGUCUAAAAUACAGUAGUACAUCCAGCAUUUGACCUCUAAUUUGUCAAAUAGUUAUCUAAAGGAAUAUUUUAGAAAUUCUCAACUGUUUUUGCUUCUUGGAGUACUACUCCUAGUUCUCUAUCUUCCAAGCUGAUAUUUCCUUAUUGCAGAUUGUUGUUUCUUUAUUAUUAGCAAUUCCAGGUUCAAAGUUAUCACUAUUCUAAUUUCUAGUUCAAAUAAUUUCAUAGUUUUUAUACUAACCAAAUUGCACCAAAUUACAGAAGAAAUAUGACAUUCCCGAAAAUGGAAAAAAUGGGCUAUGAAUGCAAUUGAUUCUGCUUUUAGAGGGUACAAGUCCAGGUUAAAGAAAAAACAGUAUUAUGCCUACCCCAAUGAUGAAAUUCGAAUGGCAAAUAGGCCUAAAACUGUUCCAGAACCUGUAUUUGCUGAUUUUCUUCUGUAUUGGAACUCCAAAGAAGCUAAGGAUAAGUCUGAUGAUAACAAACAGAAUAAAAAAAUAUGGAAGUAUCCUCACACUGUUGGAAAAAUAAGUUUUGUUCUAAUCCGCGAGGAAAAAAAUAAGGAAAAUUCAGGUGUUGUGUCAAACAAGGAAUUCUUUGUUGAUACUAGAAAAAGAAAAUCUGGACGAGUCUACAAGGAUUCAUCUGAAGAUAUUACAAAUAAAAUAGUUGAAAUGGAGAGAGCAGAAACUCAAGAAAGUGAAGAUGGUAGUCAAUCAGUUGAUGCAUUCACAACAGUUAUGGGUCUUGAUCAUCCGGGAUGAGUAAGACUAUAUGGAUGUGGGGUGACCAAGUCACUUUUGAAACAAAAAAAACAAGUGAUUAUGGACCCUCUUCAAAUAUUAUUGUGGAUAAAUUGGUGGAAAAGAGAAUGGAUGAACUAGAAUAGAGGAUACAACAAAGAAUGCAGGCUCAAAGAGAUGCCAUUGAACGAGAUGUUUCAAUGAACAUCAUUGCACAAUUACAACAUCAAAAUCCAGAAUUAACACUUGCUCCUAAUAUGCUAAGAUUCAAUGCUCAUUCAUCAAGGGAAAAGGCUGCUAUUCAACAAAUCAAUCAUCCAUUUAUUGGGAGUAACAAUGAAGAUGUUCAAAAUGAAGAAGGAGAUGAAGAAAGUGAUGAAGAAAUUGACCUUACUUGAGAAAUUUUUUGAAUUAUUUAUAGAUAUUUUAGUAUCGAUCUUUUUGAUAUUGAAUUUUGUGAAACUUAUCGCCACUUGAAGUUGAUACUUUAUGGGAAAACUAAUGACCGUUUGACUUUAACAUUUUGCUUUUGCAUUUAGAUUACUAGUUUGUUGGAUAUUUUAAUUUGAACUAUUAAAGAAAGAUUUUGUUGUUAUGUA